AGAAAUAGCAAUGCAUACUUGAGAAUAUUCUGGACUACUCUGGAUAAUUGAAGAGUGUUGGGAAUUGGUUAUGCAUAUUUGAGAAGAUUCCAGAAUAGUUUGGAUUAGUGGAGGAGAAGAUAUUUACAAGGAGCUUUCCAGUGAAUAUGAGAAGAUAUGAAUAUUCUAGAAGCCUUGAGAGGUUACUUGAAGAGUGUUGCAAUUUACCAUGAAAGGACAUAGUUAAGAUAAGUUUCAAGAAUAAGUGAGAAUUCUCUAGAACUAGGAUACAUGUAGAGUAUUCUAGAAAAUUGUAGUGGGAUGUACUACAUGGUCUUGUACAAGUAUAAAUAGAGGUGCCCCCACCUCAUAAGUGUACCACAAUCACCACAAGUAGUGUAUCACCACACCAAGUAGAGAAGUGAGCUACCAUGGUAGGGUUGUGUGUAGGGUAGCCACUAAAGAGAGUGUUGUACCAACAUUAAAAUAGUGAAUAAAGUGUUGAGUUUCCACAAGUUUGAUAUUCCAAGUAGUGUAGUGUGCAAAGGUCCUCAAGAGUGGGUGUUAGGGUCGCCGCCCGUAAAAUCUCUACAGUUGGUAUCAGAGCAGGUUGGUCGGGACCAUUUGGGGAGGAGUCAUCAGCCGGUGCAGUGGUAAGCGUAUGACGCUUACAUAGCUCAGUGUGUCACUGAGAGGCGCUAAGUGAGAUUCUGCCGGAGCACAGUCUGGGACUGUGGAAAUCACUGGUCUGGGACCAAGUGAAGUGGACGCGGGGCGUCAAUCGAGAUGGCGGAUCUCAUGAUCGCAGGCAAUGGCAUGUGGAGGCUUAAUAGUCAUAACUAUGGCUAUUGGCAGACUUGCAUGGAGUCCUAUCUGCAAGGUCAUGACCUAUGGGAGGUCAUUGCGGGCACCGAGACAACUCCUCCAGAGAAUGCAGAAGCUUUGCGGAAGUGGCGCAUCAAGGUAGGCAAAGCUAUGUUCGUGCUGAAGACGACGAUUGAGGAGGACCUAGUGGAGCACAUCAGAGAUGCAAAGACACCUAAGGAGGCUUGGGACACAUUGGCGAAGCUGUUCUCAAGGAAGAACGAAGCACGACUUCAGCUCCUAGAAAAUGAGCUCGCAGAUGAGAAGGUGAGUGAGGCUCGGAUGAGGAGAAUCAUCAUCCAUGGUCUUAGACCCGAAUACAAUGGGUUCAUGGCUGCGGUGAUGGGAUGGCCUACUCAACCUUCAGUAGUGGAGCUGGAGAAUUUAUUGGCUAAUCAAGAGGAGCUAGCCAAGCAGAUGGGCAGUAUCACCUUUAAAGAAAGAGAUGGAGAGGAUGCGCUUUUCACCUAUAGGAAGAAGAGUCCCCUAAGGAGCCGAGAAGCGGUGAAGGAGAAGUGGACGAAAGAUGAGAGGUGGUACCCAAGGGAGAGCAACUAUUCAGGGGGAGCUCAAAGAAGAAAAGAAGAUCAGCGGAAGUUGAUAUAUGAAAGGAGAAAGAAAGGCGAGUGUUUUAAUUGUGGCAAGAGUGGCCAUCUUGCUAGGGAUUGUUGGAGUCCAAAGAAGCACUCGGAGAAAGAAGUGGUGACUAUGGCAGAUGUGGUCUUAGAGGAGGAAGAGUGGGAUGCUCAAGAAGGAUUAAGCAUGAUGGAAGACGAAGUCUAUUUUGUUGAAGACCUAACUCAAGGUGAGCAUCCAUCAAUCCAAGGUGUGGAUCUAGAAGAAUCUAGAGAGGAUGAGGAUGAAGAGGAAUGGGAUGCUGAAGGUGGCUCCUUCAUAGAGGAUUUAGAAGAAUCCGGAGAAGAAGAGAAUGAUAAAGAAGAAGAAUGGAAUGGUGAAGGUGGCUUCUUCAUGGAGGAUCUAGAAGAAUCCGAAGAAGAAGAGAAUGAUAAAGAAGAAGAAUGGAAUAGUGAAGGUGGCUUCUUCAUGGAGGAUCUAGAAGAAUCUGGAGAAGAGGAAAAUGAUGAUGAAGAAGAAUGUGAUAUAGAAAAUGGCUUAUUCACCGAGGUGAGAAAUCUAAAACCCAUGCAUGAGCUUCCAGUGUUUGGAUAUGACAAUGACGACGGAGACUUGGAGGAUCAUGAGGAUAAACCAAAGAAACAAGGGCUUAUACAUUAUGUGGACGAGAAGCCACGUGAGAAAUCUAAGUAUAACGGAGAUGGUGAUGGAACAUUAGUCGUGCAAGAUGAUCCAUCAAUGAAGGUAAUGGAGAACAAAUGCAUGGAUCAACUUAGAGUCAAGGAAUCCCAACGGAGUCAACACGAGGCCAAGAAACAUGAAGUAUGGAGGACAAAGCCACCAGAUCUGAGGUAUGUCCGUGGUUCUCUUUCUCAAGUAUUUUCAUACAUGGAAAUAAAAAAGGCUCAAGUUUGGAUAAGGACAAAGAAGAGAACUGAGCUGCAAAAAUGCAAUGAGGUUAAAAAGAACUCAAUGCACGAAGAAAAGAAAAAAGUUCGCAAUGGAAGAGCUCAGAAGAUCCAAGGACAUCAUUGAAGAGAUGAUUGGGAGUCAAGUAUGCAUUGAGGGGGAGUGUUGAGAAAUAGCAAUGCAUACUUGAGAAUAUUCUGGACUACUCUGGAUAAUUGGAGAGUGUUGGGAAUUGGUUAUGCGUAUUUGAGAAGAUUCCAGAAUAGUUUGGAUUAGUGGAGGAGAAGAUAUUUACAAGGAGCUUUCCAGUGAAUAUGAGAAGAUAUGAAUAUUCUAGAAGCCUUGAGAGGUUACUUGAAGAGUGUUGCAAUUUACCAUGAAAGGACAUAGUUAAGAUAAGUUUCAAGAAUAAGUGAGAAUUCUCUAGAACUAGGAUACAUGUAGAGUAUUCUAGAGAAUUGUAGUGGGAUGUACUACAUGGUCUUGUACAAGUAUAAAUAAAGGUGCCCCCACCUCAUAAGUGUACCACAAUCACCACAAGUAGUGUAUCACCACACCAAGUAGAGAAGUGAGCUACCAUGGUAGGGUUGUGUGUAGGGUAGCCACUAAAGAGAGUGUUGUACCAACAUUAAAAUAGUGAAUAAAAUGUUAAGUUUCCACAA